CGCUGGCGGCGUAAGGCGCGCGGGCCCCGGAGCGGGCGCGGCGGAGCGCGGCGAGCCCGGCGCCUGCCGCCCCGAACAUGCGGAGGCCGGCCCAGGCGGCGCGGGAGCCGGAGCGGGGGCCCGAGCGGGCGCCGGAGCUCGAGCCGGAGCGCGAGCGGGCACGGGGCCCGGAGCUGGGGGCCGCGCCGCGCUGCUGAGGCCGGCUCGGCCGCCCAGCCGCCGCCCGCGGGCCCGGCCACGGCGGAGCCCAGCUGGGAACCACAGGAUUUGAGACGGUGGGCCCUGUCAGCAGAAUGUCUCCUCCCCCCGAGAGCGACCCCAAGGCCACCGAGAUGAGCACCGCGGCCGGGCCCGGGGGAGUGCCUGCGUCUCACUAGCCGGGAGCCGCGGGCCACCUGCGCCCGCCCGCCAGGCCGCAGUGAUGUACUAGCCACAGCAGUGCCGCGACCUCAGGUUUCCACGGACUUGGGAUUUGCACGGCAGCAGAGUCACCGUGGAGAGGCCAGGGUAUCACAAACUUAUGGAUUUUGACAAGAAAGGAGGGAAAGGGGAGCUGGAGGAGGGCCGGAGAAUGUCCAAGUCCGGCGGGGGCCGCAGCAGCCACGGCAUCCGAAGCUCGGGGACCAGCUCGGGGGUCCUGAUGGUGGGCCCCAACUUCCGUGUCGGCAAGAAGAUCGGCUGCGGCAACUUCGGGGAGCUUCGCCUAGGGAAGAAUCUCUACACAAACGAAUACGUGGCUAUCAAACUGGAGCCGAUCAAGUCUCGGGCCCCACAGCUGCACCUGGAGUACCGGUUCUACAAGCAGCUCAGCACUGCAGAGGGCGUCCCUCAGGUCUACUACUUCGGCCCGUGCGGGAAGUACAAUGCCAUGGUGCUGGAGCUGCUGGGGCCCAGCCUGGAGGAUCUGUUCGACCUGUGCGACCGCACCUUCACGCUGAAGACGGUGCUCAUGAUUGCCAUCCAGCUGAUCACGCGCAUGGAGUACGUGCACACCAAGAGCCUCAUCUACCGGGAUGUGAAGCCUGAGAACUUCCUGGUGGGGCGCCCGGGGACCAAACGGCAGCACGCCAUCCACAUCAUCGACUUCGGGCUGGCCAAGGAGUACAUCGACCCCGAGACCAAGAAGCACAUCCCGUACCGCGAGCACAAGAGCCUGACAGGCACGGCGCGCUACAUGAGCAUCAACACACACCUGGGCAAAGAGCAGAGCCGCCGCGACGACCUGGAGGCCCUGGGCCACAUGUUCAUGUACUUCCUGCGUGGCAGCCUACCCUGGCAAGGGCUCAAGGCCGACACGCUCAAGGAGCGGUACCAGAAGAUCGGGGACACCAAGCGGGCCACGCCCAUCGAGGUGCUCUGCGAGAACUUCCCAGAGGAGAUGGCCACGUACCUGCGCUAUGUGCGGCGCCUGGACUUCUUCGAGAAGCCGGACUACGACUACCUGCGGAAGCUCUUCACCGACCUCUUCGACCGCAGCGGCUUCGUGUUCGACUAUGAGUACGACUGGGCCGGGAAGCCCUUGCCAACACCCAUCGGCACCGUCCACACUGACCUGCCCUCCCAGCCUCAGCUCCGGGACAAAGUCCAGCUGCACAGCAAAAACCAGGCACUCAACUCCACCAACGGGGAGCUGAACGCAGACGACCCCACGGCUGGUCACUCCAAUGCCCCCAUCACGGCGCCCGCAGAGGUGGAGGUGGCUGAUGACACCAAAUGCUGCUGUUUCUUCAAGAGGAGAAAGAGAAAAUCGAUGCAGCGACACAAGUGACCCUGGGCUCAUGCAGUGCUGUGAAUCCAGGUGCAGCCCCUCGGGGCAAGAGCUUGUCCAUGAGGCCCUUGGGGCCUGCCCGCAGUGGCCCAGGGCCGGGCUCUGGCCUGAAGCCAGGGCGCAGACUGCAGGGGCUGCUGGGGCCUGGGUCUGCCCGCCAGCCCCCACCCCCAGGACGUGGGGUCACUUCUUUCACGUAAGACUUUGGCCGAAAUUUCUACACCUGUGUCUAGUCCUCCCCUCCAAGAGCAUUAACUAUUUAAAACAAGGAAAAAAGGAAAAAAACAGAGACCCACCCUGCCCCCUGCCCUCUGCCACCUGUUUCUCUGCUGAAGUGAGUAGUGUGGUCCCGGAGGCCCGGGCAGCCGCUCCCGUUACCGUCAUAAAGUCCAGCUUGUCUCCCUCCGUCCAAAGGCCGUUUUCUCGAGGGGAGGGCAGGCCUGGCCUGGGAGGGGGUGCGUCGGGCCAUGUUGUCCCGGUCCACCUGGGAGGGGGCACAGGCGUUGCUGCCAUGGGUGAGACUGCACCCUGGGCCUCCCCAAAACCAAAGGGGAAGGCGGGGCUGGGGCCGCGCCGAAGCCACCCCCAACCAAAAUGCUGCACCAAAGCUGGGGCUGGCAGGCGAGGCCACCGCAUUCUCUUCCCGGUGGCCCGGCGGGGGCGGGCCCUGCCAGGUGGGGUGGGCCGCCGCGGUGCCUCUGCUCUCCGUGCUGUCAGGGCAGUGGCUUCUUGGUCUGCGCUUCGCCACUGGGCGAAGCAGCGGGAGACAAACGCCUUAAAGUCCUUGGCCCAGCCCCGCGGGUUUGUGUGCGGGUUGCUCGGGGGCAGCCACAGACGGUGGCGCAAUGUCCCCCAGUGGGGUCCCCUGGAGGCUGCCGAGUGGAGCAGAGCUUGGGGCCGUGCCCGGGGCAGUGGCCGUUUGAGUCUAGUUCUUGCUUUACAAAGUGUACAGAAAUGGCAUUUACGUUUCUUUGAUGCUCCCUUGAAGCCAUAGAAUUUAGGGGCUUUUUUUAAAAAAUAAAAGAAAAAUGAAACCAA